UACAAGACAGAAUUGUGUUCUACUUUUCAGAGAAGUGGCACUUGUCCAUAUGGGUCAAAAUGUCAAUUUGCUCAUGGCGAGCACGAGUUGAAGGCUGUUGAUAGGGGAUCCAAAUGGCGUUCCAAACCAUGUGCCAAUUGGAGUAAAACAGGAUCAUGUCGUUAUGGUAACAGAUGCUGUUUUAAGCAU